UCAUCAAACGCUGACGCAUGCGCUUUCCGCCUUUCGCGCUGACGCAAGAUACCUGCCGUGGAGAACCGAUCGAGAAACAAAAAGUAGUCAGUUUUAAGUCACCGGCCCAUUCGCAAACAUGUCCGGAGACGAGAUGAUAUUCGACCCCAACAUGACCAAGAAAAAGAAGAAGAAGAAGAAGCCCUUCAUGCUGGAUGAGGAAGGAGACGGGGUUGGAGGAGAAGAGGUGAAAGAGAUGGAAGUGAAGGAGGCAGAACCAGAGGCUGGUGAGGACAAGGACCUGGACAUUGAUGAAGAUGACAGCAGAAAAAAAGAAACAUCUGAUGAUUUGAAUGACCUGAACUUCUUCAACCAGAAGAAAAAGAAAAAGAAACCCAAAAAGGUGUUUGAUAACGAUAUUGAGGAGGGGAUGAAAGAGCUUAAAAUUGAAGGAGACCAGAGUGAUGUUCUCGAGGAGGACAACCUGGACCUGAUGCUCCCUGCCAAAAAAAAGAAGGCUAAAAAAGUCGACUUUGAUGAAGGAGAGCCUCUUGAAAAGGAUGACGCAUUGGAAGAUGAUGAGGGGAAAAACAAUGAUGGCAUUUCAUUCAGCUCGACCACAGGACCAGCCUGGGCUGGCUCUGAAAGAGACUAUACGUAUGAUGAGCUCCUGAACAGAGUUUUCAACAUCAUGAGGGAAAAGAACCCCGACAUGGUGGCGGGAGAGAAGAGGAAGUUUGUCAUGAAGCCCCCCCAGGUCGUGCGAGUGGGGACCAAAAAGACCUCCUUUGUUAACUUCACAGAUAUCUGCAAACUGUUGCAUCGUCAGCCGAAACAUCUUCUCGCCUUCCUAUUGGCUGAGCUCGGAACAAGCGGUUCCAUUGACGGUAAUAACCAGCUUGUGAUCAAAGGAAGAUUCCAACAGAAACAGAUCGAAAACGUCUUGAGGAGAUAUAUCAAGGAGUAUGUGACGUGCCACACAUGUCGCUCCCCCGAGACCAUCCUGCAGAAAGACACCCGCCUCUAUUUCCUGCAGUGCGAGACGUGCCACUCGCGCUGCUCCGUCGCUAGCAUCAAGACCGGUUUCCAGGCCGUGACGGGCAAGCGGGCGCAGCUCCGCGCCAAAGCAAACUGAAAGGGCCAUCGCGAAUGGGUUUGCCCCCUCCUCUCUUCUCCUGGCUUCCCCUCACUCCUCGUCAGAAGGGUCAAGGCUGCGUCAGGAAGCUUCCACUAUUCUGAAAAGGACUUAAUGCAUUGAAGUGCAGGUGGAUUGGGCUUGAUCAUGGUGUGCUGCCCCAAGUGGGUGGGAGGCCGGAUGUCUAACAUCUACGUUGCCUAAUGCGUUUGGAUUAUUUUGACCCUCUACAUUUUUGCUGUCAUUGUUAAUUCCUGCAAUAAAGUCUGAUUUAUCAAAAGUU